AUGUUCUCGAAAAUUCUACUAAUCGUAUUUGUUCUACACUCCAUGUUUCAAGAUGAAGAAGCCCGAGAAUUGACUCUGGAAGACUUCCAAGACAUUGGCAGUGGCAGUGGAGAUGAAGAUCCAAUAUCAUUCUCCGAAUUGGCUAGACAACGUGGAUUGAGUGAAUUGAUGAUUUCGAGAUUGGAAGCAACACUUUCACCAAAAGAUUAUAAAAAUCCUUGGCAUAUUGGAAAACAUGAUGAGGCAGUUGAUCAACUUUUGGAAGACAUUAAAUAUCACACGGAAGGAAGAGAGCAAAGAAAUAAGGAGGAACUUCAGUUGAAAGCGGAUUAUGUAAGUGUUUUUUUUGCUGUGAAUCGAAUCGAACCGGUUUAUUUUCAGGAGGCUGGAAAGAUCAGUAAGGAAGAGCUGGAUGGAGCUUUGAUGGCGUAUCAAAAAGAAGCUUGUCAACGUUCUUCGAGACGGCGAAAGUGUUAA